AUGGACGGCCGGAUGUCAUUAUUCGGUUUCCGAAGCCCGGACACGGCUACAGCUUAUAGGGACGAAAAAAUUGUGAAUGAGGUCCAGAUCAUGGAAUACCUCCACCAAAACACUGAUAUCCCUAUUCCUCGUGUUCACAGCUGGGGCUUAAUUGCCGAGAGUCCACAACACCUUGGUCCAUUCAUGAUUAUGGAUUAUGUCAAUGGUACACUUUUAUCGACUAUCUUGAAACAACCCGAUCAAGAAAAUAUGGUUCUGAACCCGAACAUCGACAACACAACAUUAGACAAGGUCUAUUAUCAAAUCGCCUAUUAUAUGUUCCAGCUUUCCCAACUUACGUUUAAUGGUAUUGGGGCCAUCUCGAAGGACUAUGCUUUAGGUGCAUGGCACGUUGCCGGAAGACCCCUAACGUAUAAUAUGAACGAGUUAGCCACUGUCGCCGGCUACCCUAAUAGUCAAUUUCCAACCGCGCCGUUUGACCGUGCAAGCGAUUAUUUAAGGUCGGUCGCGAACGAGCACUUAACCCACCUUUGGACCCAGCGCAACCUUGCCGACGAUACGGAAAUCGCUCAGGAGCGGUUCAUUGCCCGUCAUCGGUUCGCACAGCUAGUUUUAAAGUACUAUCCUAAGGACUGCGGGCUAUCUAUACCCUUCUGCGACGAUAUGCGACCCUCAAAUAUGCUUAUAGACCCAGAAACACUCCAGAUCACUGCUAUUCUUGAUUUUGAGUUCACGAAUGCUAUGCCAGCUGAGUUCACGUAUGACCCGCCCUGGUGGCUAUUGCUCUCUGGUCCGGAAAUGUGGCUUGAGCGCUGCGCGAUGGAAGAGUUUUUGACCCUCUAUGAGCCUAGAAUGGAGCAAUUCUUACGAGCUUUAGAGCGAGUGGAAAGUGAAAUGGUAUCAGAGGUUAAACAACCCGGUGGACCGUCUCUCUCUGCCCGGAUGCGCGAUUCAUGGAGGACAGGUCGAUUUUGGUUAGACUUCCGCAGAACCCAACUUUCGACCCAAUCUUGGCAUUGCCAAGAACCCAAUAACCCAACUUCGACCCAACAUGGUGCAUAA